AUGACCACCUCACAGGAAACACCCUCUGUACAUGCUGCUCCACUCAAAAGCAGUGAUUCAGCAUCACCCACGAUGGUAUACCACCGUCAGACAUUACAGAUACCUCUUCCAAUUUCAGACAUCAUCUACUCCGCUGCUGGGGGUGCCCACUACUCUGGAGCGCCUGUGUCUGAGGAUGACGAUCAAGUUGUUACAUCUCCCGUCAGUGGACAGUUCAGUCUACCUAUGGACGACACGAUUCAGGAUCGCAUCAUGGCUGAUUUGAAGGAGCUCUACUGUUGUCGACCGUCGAAGGAGAUUUUUGAAAGGACUUGGAGGCCCGAUGCAGUUUAUGAGGAUACUCUGGUCAGAUGCGAGGGUUAUGCGCAAUAUGCUCCUCAGGAUCUGAGUCGUUCCCGCAGUGGUUUGCCAUGGCGACCCAAGAUUUUUUCAAAGUCAGAGACAAUCUCGAGUCGGGUCUUGUCGUUUACGCGCUCGCCGAAACGUCUCAUCUACUCGCAAACACAAGAAUAUACUUUCCGGUACAUAGGAACUAAGAAGCGAAUUGAGUCGAUCAUCCUUGUGGAUUUGGAUGAUGACGACAAGAUAAUACAUAUGACAAACCAGUGGAACGGGGAGGCGUUAUCGUCUUGGUUUGGUGUUAAUAUCCUCAGACACGCAAAUGCCCUUAUCACGCCAUGGUUCGUUGGCGCACCAAAAGCUUGACGCCAACGUACAGAGGAUGUUUGGACGCUAUAUCGUAAUUUGCUAAGUGCUUGGUUCUCGGUACCUCUCUUUUCUUCGCCUUCGUCACCCAAGUUUAUCCAUUGAUACUUUUGCAACCCUCGUAGUUGUUGUCUAGGUGCCUCUCUCCUUUUCCAUCGUCGCCGAAGUUAUUUCAUCGAUACUUUCACAGCCUUCUUUGUUGUUGUAUUAAAUCUGAGGCCUGAGGUGCGCAUCAUUCAUAGACUUACUGCAGUCGCACUGACCGGAACUUCUUCGUCAAGCUCCGCAUAUAUAACAAACUCCGUUAUUUUUAGCUACAGUACUGCACGCAGAUAUUUCUCUUCUAUGUCUCUCAUUAACUUGUAAAGUACUACACCUAUGGAUCCGAUAUCAGAUGCAGCCUGGAAGCAAUACAUCGAUGAAAGCCUCCCUAAUCCCCAAGGAUUGUACUAUCCCGA